CAAGUGGGUAGCUGCUGGACCUACUGGACAAGCAGGACGGAGCACUCCCGGGACAGGCCCCCUGCCUGGGCCCAAGAGGAGCCAGAAGCCAUGUGGGUGGCUGUGGGCAUGCUCUGGCUCCUUGCCCUUGGGGGACCUCACCAGGCCUGGAGCUUCUGCCCCUCUCAGUGCAGCUGCAGCCUGCACAUCCUGAGUGAUGGCAGCAAGGCCAGGACAGUGGUGUGCAGCGACCCUGACUUGACCUUGCCCCCAGCUUCGAUUCCACCGGACACCUGCAAGCUGCGCCUGGAGCGGACGGCCAUCCGUAGGGUGCCUGGAGAGGCCUUCAGGCCUCUCAGCCGCCUGGAACAGCUGUGGCUGCCUUACAAUGCUCUCAGCGAGCUCAGUGCCCUCAUGCUUAGGGGCCUGCGCCGCCUGCGAGAGCUGCGUCUGCCUGGGAACCGCCUGGCUGCUUUCCCCUGGGCUGCGCUCAGGGAUGCUCCACAACUGCAGCUGCUCGACCUGCAGGCCAAUCGCCUGUCGACCUUGCCACCUGAGGCUGCACACUUCCUGGAGAACCUUACUUUCCUGGACCUUUCCAGCAACCAGCUGAUGAGGCUUCCCCUGGAGCUGCUAGACACCUGGGCUCACCUGAAGAUCGGACCCUUCCAUUCAGGUCACCGUGCCAGGCUAGUUCUAGGGCUUCAGGACAACCCCUGGGUAUGUGACUGUCGACUCUAUGACCUGGUUCAUCUCCUAGAUGGCUGGACUUCAAACUUGGUCUUCAUUGAACCUAGACUGAGGUGUGCCAGCCCACGAAGCCUGGCGGGAGUGGCCUUUAGCCAGCUGGAGCUGAGAAAGUGUCAGAGCCCAGAGCUCCGUCCAGGGGUAACCAGCAUCAUAUCCCCUUUGGGUAGCACAGUAUUGCUACGUUGUGGAGCAACUGGGAUCCCAGGUCCUGAGAUGAGCUGGAGGAGAGCCAAUGGACAAGCACUCAAUGGCACAGUGCACCAGGAAGUCUCCAGCGAUGGCUCAAGCUGGACUUUGCUGGAUCUGCCUGUUGUGUCUCUCUUUGACUCUGGAGACUACAUCUGCCAGGCCAAGAACUUUCUAGGAGCUUCUGAAACACUUAUCUCCUUAAUUGUCACCGAGCCCCAGACUUCUACAGAGUACAGCGGGGUUCCAAGGGCCCUGUGGGCAAGGACAGGGGAGGGGGCCGAAGCUGCUGCUUACAACAACAAGCUGGUGGCCAGGCAUGUUCCCCACAUUCCUGAGCCUGUAGCCAUGGCCACCAAGCCCUCAGUGCCCAGCAUAAAAGAGGAGCUGGAGCUCCAGCACUUUCAGAUGGAUGUCCCAGGAGAGCUCUCCAGAGAGCAAGCAGAGCCGCAGGAGGCCCAGAUGGUCAGGUCUCUCAAGGUGGUAGGAGAUACUUACCACAGCGUGUCACUGGUGUGGAAAGCCCCUCAGGCUGGGAACACAACUGCCUUUAGUGUCCUUUACGCCGUCUUUGGGCAGAGCGACAUGCGAAGGGUGAUUGUGGAGCCUGGGAAGACUAGUGUCACCAUCGAGGGGCUUGCUCCAAAGACCAAGUACGUGGCAUGUGUCUGUGUGCGGGGCCUAGUGCCUACGAAGGAGCAGUGUGUCAUCUUCUCUACUGACGAGGUGGUAGAUGCAGAGGGCACCCAGCGGCUCAUCAACAUGGUGGUGAUCAGCGUGGCAGCCAUCAUCGCGCUGCCUCCCACCCUGCUCGUCUGCUGCGGGGCGCUCCGAAGACGCUGCCACAAGUGCCGCACACGGGGCUCUGCAGAGGCGACUGGUGCCUACGUUAAUUUGGAAAGACUGGGCCACAGCGAGGAUGGUUCAGAGCUGUCCAGGAGCAGCCUCAGCGAGGCAGAUAGGCUUCUCUCAGCACGCUCCAGCCUGGACUCCCAGGUCUUGGGAGUCAGGGGUGGCAGGCGUAUCAAUGAGUACUUCUGCUGAGCCUGAGCCCCACUCACACGGGUCUGGCCACUCUCCCCCUUCAGUCUCACACACUUCCACACCUGAUUGUGUGCUCAGCCACCCUUAAGGUCCGGGUACUUGCUCACAUGUACGUUUACAUCAACUGCAGCGGACACGGCGCAUUAAGCACGUACUGUGUGCUAGCAAGUGUCCAAAGCACUGCAUAGGUGUUAGCUCACCGGGCUCUCAUAACAACCAUUAGCAUCAGGACUCAUUUUUCUCUCUAUUUUCCUGGAGAAGAAACAGGUGUGAAGUAUUUUGCCUGUAUCAGUCAGUUUCUGCUACAUAACAAAUAAAAGCAAACUCUCUGGUACGCAGCAUUAAGAUACUUACUUUCACACGCUGUGUCUGUAGAUUGACUGUCAUGGCUCCGCUGUGUGCGUCCCAUCGGGGCCCAGAGGUGGAGUGUAACAGUGGCUAGCUACCUGGGGCAGACUUCUCUCAGAUGACAUAAGAGGAAUGGUAAAAUCAUGCAAUACCUCUCAAUGUCUUAGUGUGAGAUUGGUACAUUGCUGCUUCUGCCCGUAUUGUAUCUGCCAAAGAGAGUCUCAUGGCCAAACGCAACUUUAACAAGGCAAGCAAAGACACCAGUCCUCUGAAGAUGAUAACGGGAGACAAAACAUUUGUGAAGCAAAUUUACAAUAUGGCCCACUAUCGUACUGCCACUGGGGAGUGGCAGCUCUAGCUUUGGACCUAGCAGUUGGGCAGUUGGUUCUUCUGGAAAGUCCUUACCACUCUCUCUCUACAUUCCUUUAUGGUUGCAUUUAUGUCAACUCAUAAACACAGUCUUUCUAUACAUAGCCAUGUUUUUUUAACACACACACACACACACACACACA